AUGAAGCUGGACUACCUCUAUAUAAUCCUGAGCCUGCAUUCAUCAACAAAACGGUGGUUGGGUGACAGCUCAAUGGACCAAAGUGGCGUCGUCACCUUUCGCCACCGUCGAUCGUCGCCGUCCUCCGAUCGCUUGCUCGGCGUCUUCUCUCCUCCGCCGCUUGACAGUACAAUCUCCGCCGCUGGAGCCGGCGAUGAGCUGAACGAAGAUGAAGUUUUCUGGACCGGAGACUUCACUGAAAGCUCUACUUCCCCUUCACGCCGGCAGACUUUCCGGCAGCCAGAGAAAUUUGGUAUACUCGCUGCAUUGCCUGAGGAUGAGGAUCAUCAUAAUCACCGGAAAGUUGCUAACCGUCCCGUUGUUUAUCGGAAACCUUCGAUAACUUCAUCUACGAUUUCAUCUUCGCCUAUUUCGCGAGCGUUUCCUACUAUUCCGAAACCUAAAUUGGAUAGAGAAACCAGUUAUAGUAAGCCGAUAAUGAAGAAGUUCCAGCAUUCGGUUCCAGUGAACGUGCCGAUGAUGAUGAUGCCGAAGAAGGCAACGAGUAACGGUGACCUUGCUGACGUGGAAGUUGAUGAUGAUGAUGAUGAGAUGCUUCCGCCGCAUGAGAUUGUAGCUAGAGGAUCAUCUAGAUCACCUAAAACAACGUUCUCUGUGCUUGAAGGAGUGGGAAGAACACUCAAAGGAAGAGAUCUUCGUCGAGUUCGGAAUGCUGUUUUUCGCCAAACAGGUUUUCUAGAUUGA